CUCCCUCAAGAACUCUCUCUCUCUCUCCUAAUUUCGUAUCCCUCAACUCAGAUUAAACAUGGAGUACCGAAGUUUAGAGAUCAACGUGAUAUCCGCAAAAGACCUCAAGAAAGUCAACCUAAUCGGCAAGACGCACGCGUACGCCGUCGUUUCGAUCUCCGGCGACCCGAGGGCGAGCCAGCAGCAGAGGACCGCCGUGGACAGGAGCGGAAACGCCAGCCCCACCUGGAACUUCCCCGUUAAGUUCGCCGUCAACGAGUCCGCCGCCCGAAGCAACCGCCUCGCCGUCACGUUCAGGAUUCGGUGCGAGCGGAGCCUCGGUGAUAAGGAUAUUGGCGAGGUGCACGUGUCGUUAUCGGAGCUUAUUGGGUCGGUCGAAGAUGGGAAAUCGCAAUUCGUUACUUAUCAGGUUCGAAAGCCAUCGGGAAAGCCCAGAGGUGAGCUCAAUUUCUCAUACAAGUGGGGGGAGAAAAUCGUCGGCGCGUCAACAAUGGAAGUAAACCGGUCUCAGGAGCCAGUCACGGCUUAUCCGGCUCAAGUUGGGUCCAGUUCCGCUUACCCGCCGCCUCCAAUGGGUUACCCGUACAAGUCACCCGGCAGAUCAUAUCCUUCUGCUUCGGCUGCAGGAUACGGGUACCCUCCGCCGCCGGGUUACGGAUACCCUCCACCUCAGCCGGGUUAUGGAUACCCGCCCGUCCAACAACCGCAACAACCACAGAGGAAUAACAGGCUCGGAAUGGGGACUGGGUUACUGGGUGGAGCAUUGGGCGGGCUUUUGCUUGGUGAUGUACUCUCGGGUGGCUUUGGUCAUCAUGGCGGUUGGGGCGGGGGUGGUUGCGGUGGUGGUGGUUGCGGUGGCGGCGGGGGUGGUUGCGGCGGCGGCGGCGGAUGCGGUGGCGGUGGUUGCGGCGGUGGUGGUUGUGGUGGUGGGUAAAGAGUAGUUUGUUGAUUUGCUAAUUAAGCUAUGGAAUUUUCGAUCAAAAAAUGCACUCAUGAGGUGGACCUCUACUGUACAUAAAUUUGGUCAUUCUCAUCCGUUUUAAACCAUGUAUGAUGAUCCUGAAAUAGCCUCUAUCUCUUUUUUCUUUUCCUAGUGUACAUUAAUACAUUUGUUUGGUUGUCAAUUUUGAAAUAUAUUUUUGAGAUAAAAAGGCA